UGAAGGCGGGAGGCGGGCCUCGGGGCAGGCCGGGCCAGGGGCGGGGUCGCGGCGCUCCAGAGCAAAGGAAACGUGUGCGGACUCGCUUCUGGCGCUCCUGUGGCUUCUCUGCAGGGCAGCAUGGGGCCCCUGCCACGGACCGUGGAGCUCUUCUACGAUGUGCUGUCCCCCUAUUCCUGGCUGGGAUUCGAGAUCCUGUGCCGAUAUAAGAACGUCUGGAACAUCCAGCUGCAGCUGCGCCCGAGCCUCAUUGCAGGGAUCAUGAAAGACAGUGGAAACAAGCCGCCAGCUCUGCUUCCCCGCAAGGCCCAAUACUUGACAAACGACAUUAAGCUCCUGAGACAGCAUAUCCAGGUUCCUCUGCAGUUCCCCAAGGAUUUCUUCUCUGUGAUCCUUGAAAAAGGAAGUUUGACAGCCAUGCGCUUCCUCACCGCCGUCAACAUGGAGCACCCGGAGAUGCUGGAGAAAGCGUCCAGGGAACUGUGGAUGCGCGUCUGGUCACGGGACGAAGACAUCACGGACCCUCAGAGCAUCCUGGCAGCCGCAGAGAAGGCUGGCAUAUCAGCACAGCAAGCCCGGGGACUUCUGGAGAAGACCUCAGCGCCACAGGUGAAGAACAAGCUCAAGGAGACCACCGAGGCGGCCUGCAAGUACGGGGCCUUCGGGCUGCCUGUCACCGUGGCCCACGUGGAUGGCCAAACCCACAUGCUGUUUGGCUCUGACCGGAUGGAGCUGCUGGCACACCUGCUGGGGGAGAAGUGGAUGGGCCCUAUGCCUCCAGGCGUGAGUGCUAAACUGUAAGGAUGCCCAGAGGAAGCAAAACCAUCUGCUCACCCCUGCUCCAUGGAGAGGUGCUGGGACGGAGGCUCCUCUGUGGCCCUGGCCGGGCCGCAUCAUCUGCGUGACUCGCACGGCUGGUCUCACUUGUGUGCCUCACAAGUGCCUUUUGGGAGCCCCAAACUCUGCCUCCCCCAGAAUAAACCGGAUGCCACUGAUGCAGCA